CAUUACAGCAAAAGCAGCAGCAGCAGCAGCAGCAGCAUUAGCCCCCGCCUCAGCCGCGGCAGCAGCACACGCCAGCAGCAGCUUCAUCAAUAUCAGUAUCAGCAGUAUCCCCGCGCUGCAGGACCAAAAUGUGUGACUUCACGGAAGACCAGACGGCAGAGUUCAAGGAGGCAUUCCAGCUCUUUGACCGGACUGGGGAUGGGAAGAUCUUGUACAGCCAGUGUGGGGAUGUGAUGCGGGCCCUGGGCCAGAACCCUACCAAUGCUGAGGUGCUCAAGGUCCUGGGGAAUCCCAAGAGCGACGAGAUGAAUGUAAAGGUGCUGGACUUUGAGCACUUUCUGCCAAUGCUGCAGACGGUGGCGAAGAACAAGGACCAGGGCACGUAUGAGGACUACGUAGAGGGGCUUCGGGUGUUCGAUAAGGAAGGGAACGGCACCGUCAUGGGGGCUGAAAUCCGCCAUGUCCUCAUCACCCUGGGUGAGAAGAUGACGGAGGAAGAAGUGGAGGUGUUGGUGGCGGGCCAUGAGGACAGCAACGGUUGUAUCAACUACGAAGCGUUUGUGAGGCAUAUCCUGUCGGGGUGAAGGGCCCCGUGGGGCGGAGCUAGUGCGGAUGGUGCUGAAUGGCUGAGAACAGCGCCCCUUUUCCACCUUGCACCCCCUAACUUUCUCAGUGUGAAAAUCAUCCUCUGGCCCCUGAUGCGACUGAGUACAUUUUGGGGGCCACCAACAUCCCUACUCCCAAGCCCUGCCACAUGUCCCCUCUGGAUUUUUUGCUCUGCUGUCACCCAAUAAACUUGCUACUGCUC